AUGACCCUCAGAUGUGCCCACCAGAGCACUGCCAUUGCAAAGCCCUGCCCAUCACCAUACUGGAUGGAGCGCCUUCCACAGGAUGAAAAUGAAGCCAAGGAGAACUUGAAACUGGGCUACAACAAGUUAAAACAGGUCUCCAAGUUCUAUGAUGGCGAUGAAUGCAUUGAUAUUCGCAAGACGUAUUGGAACACGAUUAAGGAAAUAGCCUAUUUCCUUGUAUCAUCAGUUGCCUUCAGAAUAUUUGAAAUUAUGCUGAUCUUUCUGGACAUAUUUCUUGUGGCUAUAGAUCUACAUCUUAAUAAAAACAUAUUUUAUAUUCCUCUGGAAUAUAGUUCAGUUUCUUUUGCUAUUGCUUUGUUUUUCCUUGUGGAUGUUCUUCUUCGAGUAUAUAUAGAAGGGAGACAACAUUACUUUUCUGAUUUACUGAACACCCUAGAUGCCGUCGUUAUUGGUGUGACUCUGCUCAUCGCCAUCGCCGUCAUGUUUUACGAGAAGAAUUUUCUUAGAGAUGUCCCAAUAUUGGGAAUUGUAUUUCGACCUCUGCGGCUUUUUAUUCUGAUACGAAUUUUGCAACUGGCUCAUCAAAAAAGAGACCUUGAAAAGUUGCUGAGGCGGCUGGUUUCAGGAAACAAAAGACGAUACAUGAAGGAUGGGUUUGACCUGGACCUCACUUAUGUUACUGAGCGUAUUAUUGCCAUGUCAUUUCCGUCAUCUGGAUGGCAGUCUUUCUAUAGAAAUCCAAUUAAGGAGGUUGUGCGGUUCCUUGACACCAAGCAUCCAGACCACUAUCAAGUCUACAAUCUCUGCAGCGAGAGGGCUUAUGACCCUAAGCACUUCCACUACAGGGUCCGCAGAAUCAUGAUUGAUGAUCACAAUGUCCCCUUGCUUGAGGAAAUGCUGUUGUUCUCGAAGGAAGUGAAUGAUUGGCUGGCUCAGCAUCCUGAAAAUGUUGUGGCAAUUCACUGCAAGGGAGGAAAAGGAAGAACAGGAACCAUGGUGUGUGCCUGCCUCAUUGCCAGUGAAGUCGUUUUAAAGGCAAAGGAAAGUCUUUACUUUUUCGGGGAGCGGCGAACAGAUAAAACCACCAGCUCUAAGUUUCAAGGAAUAGAGACCCCUUCUCAGAAUAGAUAUGUUGACUAUUUUGAAAAACUGAAAAUUAGCUACCAAUGGACUCUCCCUCCAAGAAAAAUACUUGUGAUAAAAAGAUUUAUUGUUUAUUCUAUUCAUGGUGUUGGAAAGGGUGACGGAAGUGACCUAGAAGUACAGAUAGUGAUGUGGCAGGAGACUAUAUUUUCCUGUUUUUCUUCUAAAAAUUGUAUGAUGUUUCAUGAUGUUGAAACAGACAGAGUAAUAAUUAAUGUAUUCAACUGUCCAGCCCUAUAUGAUGAUGUGAAAGUGAAAUUUCUCUCUCCGAAUCUUCCUAAACACUAUGAUGACUGCCCUUUUUUCUUUUGGUUUCAUACAUCUUUUAUACGAAAACACAGGCUUUAUCUACCAAGAAAUGAAUUGGAUAAUACCCAUAAACCAAAAACAUGGAAAAUUUACAGUCCAAAGUUCGCAGUAGAAGUGUAUUUUGAUGAGGUAUAG